GUUUAUUUUAAUAUGUUGUAUGGUUGUGACAUUUAAUAUUUUAAAUUAAAUUAUAGUAGACUUAUAUUGUGAUUCCUAUAAAGUGUUAUAAACUCGUCCUUAAUAAAUAAAGAACAAGGUGUAAAGUUGUAUAGCGUAUUGUUCAGUAAUUAUAUAAAUAUGAAGGCGGCGGCAAUGUCCGUGUGGAUUUUUAUAAACCUUCUCUGUUUUGGUAUGUGUGGUUAUUUGUAUUUGAUCUGGUCACAAUAUUGGAUGAACAUUGAAAGACAGAGGCUGUUCAAUAAAACACCAAGCAUUCCACAACACAGCAGCGUAUCUGAAAUAACAUUUCAAGAAACUUCUUAUUCUGAGAAGUAUGACUUUAACUCAGUGUUUAAUAAUACGAUCGUAAAAGAGAAAAAUGGCCAUAUAAACAGGAGGUCAAUAGUUGCAAUGAAAACUAGCGGAAAACUGUCUCAAUCUUCCGGGCAAACCCGUCCAUUUACAAAUAUUGUGCGAAAAAGUCAUGGAAGCCCAAGAUUUCCGAACAUACAUAAACCAAUAUUAGAAUUUGAUAGUGAUAAAUACGUAUGUAAUGACUAUUUGACGUCGGAAUGUGAGGCGCGGACGGCCGAAUUUAAGACACUGUUGUUGAAAGAGUUUCAUAGAGUCUUGAUGAGCGACAGCAAAGUUUUUACAUCGGGAUUAAAUUCUCAAAACACUUACGACGUGCACUAUGAAAGAGGGCAGUGGAAGGAGCGGACAAAAAAAGACAUUUUGUGCGCAUUAGCUGGUGUUUCCGUUCAAACGGUAACAGCAGAAGAUGAACCAUUUAAAAUGUUGAAUUAUAAUAUUCCUAAGGAUCCUUUACAAUGUCAUCGCACAUUCAAGACUUGUGCUGUUGUAACUAGUGCAGGCUCCUUACUGGGCUCCCAUUUAGGAGAUUUUAUAGAUUCACAUGAUAUGGUUCUAAGAUUCAACAACGCCCCCACUGAGAAUUUCACAGAAGACGUGGGAUCAAAAACAACAUUCCGUGUCUUAAAUUCUCAAGUUGUCACAAAGCCGGAGUAUAAUUUUUUGGACAAUCCUUUGUAUAAUGGAGUUUCGAUAUUAAUAUGGGACCCGGCAAAUUAUUCUUCCACUUUGGACGAAUGGUAUCAUCACCCCGAUUUCACUCUUUUUCCUGUUUACAAAAGAUUGCUUGAAAUCAGACCGCAAGCGGAUGUACAUUUACUAUACCCUAAAGUAUUGUGGGGUCUUUGGACCGUUCUACAAGAUUCAUCCCCCUAUCGUCUAAGAAGGAAUCCACCUUCUUCAGGUUUUAUAGGUAUGGUUAUGUAGUUUACCAUUGACGGUAAUUUAAAAUGUUAUAAGUACACGAACAUAUUUAAAUAAAACUAUAUAGUUUUAUGGAUUCAAGGUUUUUUAAGGAAGGAAGGAUAAGAUGAAUAUAAGAAAUCAUUAUACACGAACAGACCUAGUACGAGCCUCAGUACUGAUAAAUGUUGAUGAUUGCAAUUUCACGAACAAGCCGGUUUCCGAAAGGGCUUUAGCACCAUAGACCACAUACAUACCCUUCGGCAAAUUGUACAGAAGUCCGAAGAGUACAAUUUGCCACUAUGUCUGGCGUAUGUGGACUAUGAGAAAGCCUUUGAUUCCGUCGAAAUUUGGGCGGUGCUGCAGUCCCUUCAGCGGUGCCAAGUUGACUGUCGGUAUAUCGAAGUGUUGAAGUGCUUGUACAGUAGGGCUACGAUGGCUAUCCGAGUACAGAACCAGAGUACGAAACCUAUCCAAUUGCAGAGAGGUGUAAGACAGGGUGACGUCAUAUCCCCGAAACUCUUCACCGCUGCAUUGGAAGACGUUUUCAAGCUUCUGGACUGGAAAGGAUACGGUAUCAACAUCAAUGGCGAGUACAUCACUCACCUUCGAUUUGCCGACGAUAUAGUCCUUAUGGCAGAAUCGCUGGAGGACCUAAGCACUAUGCUCAAUGACCUCAAUAGUGUUUCCCAACGGAUAGGUCUUAAGAUGAACAUGGACAAAACUAAGAUCAUGUUUAAUGUCCAUGUCACACCUAUGCCGGUAGUUGUUGGGAACACUAAGCUCGAAGUUGUUGACGAGUAUGUUUACCUGGGACAAAUAGUCCGACUGGGUAAGUCCAACUUCGACCGAGAGGUCAAUCGACGGAUUCAACUCGGCUGGGCAGCGUUCGGGAAGCUACGACACAUCUUCUCGUCAGACAUACCUCAAAACCUUAAAACGAAAUUGUACAACCAGUGCGUGUUGCCAGUGAUGACUUAAGGAACUGAGACGUGGUCCUUCACUGCUGGCCGUAUGAGGAAGCUCAAGGUCGCUCAGCGAGCUAUGGAGAGGGCUAUGCUCGGAGUUUCUCUGCGUGAUAAACUUAGGAAUGAGGAUAUCCGCAGUAGAACCAGAGUGACCGACAUAGCCCAACGGAUUAGGAAGCUGAAGUGGCAGUGGGCCGGCCAUAUAGCUCGAAGAACCGAUAACCGAUGGGGAAGAAAGGUUCUCGAGUGGCAGCCUCGUACCGGUAGGCGAAGUGUAGGGCGUCCCCUCACGAGAUGGAGUGACGACCUGGUAAGACAUGCAGGAAGUCGAUGGAUGCGGGUGGCUCAGGACCGUGUUUUGUGGCAUUCUUUGGGGGAGGCCUAUGUUCAGCAGUGGACUUGUGAAGGGCUGUAAUGAUGAUGAUGAUGAUGAUGAUGUAUUGACUUUCUCAUCUGUGGUAAGAUGAGAAAGUUUACACGUGGUAGAGUCAUGCUGCUGCUAUAUUAUGGUUGUAGCAUGAGUGGGUCUGCUCGACCGAAGUGGGAUCACGCUUUCACAGAAUACCAGCGUC